AUGUCCGACGACGACAACCUGUCCAUCUACGACGAAAUCGAAAUCGAAGACAUGACAUUCGACGACGCCCUGCAGACGUACUUUUAUCCGUGCCCGUGCGGCGACCGCUUUCAGAUUGCGCUCGACGACCUGCGCGACGAGCAAGACGUUGCCGUAUGUCCGAGCUGCAGCCUCAUGAUUCGCGUCAUUUUCGACCUGGACGAUUUGCCCCAGCCGCCGCCACCAGGGCCAGGGAAUCCGAUUCCCAUUGCCGCGUAA